AUGGCACCAACAGCUUCCACGUCGCAGCCUUCGAGCGGGAGAGGCUCCUCCAUGUCAGCCGUCCAGGCACUCAAGCGUCGCAGAGCGCUUCAACAGGCUCAAGACGAUCGUCCACACUACAGCUAUUCCGAUGACCAAGACCAAGAUGCUCCCUCCACCUCGUCCUCUUUCUCCUUUGUCCCGCUCAAACAGCGCCGACUACUGCAACUGCAACACGUCCAGUCUCGUGCUCGGGGCUCUUCCGCAAACAUGUCCCACAACGAGCCUGAAGAGGAGGAUCCGCAACCGCAAGACGAUACCCCUCAACGACCACAACGCUCGCUCCUCGACGAAGCACGAAUACUCCGCGAAAAGCAACUGGCGGAACAGGGAGAGAAAACACAAGCGGAGGUGGAAGCCGAAGAAGAACGUAGAAUCCUAGAAGCCCAUGCAGCACGUCGCAAGCUAGCUUCCGAUCUCGAACUCGCUAAAGGUAUCCAAUAUACCGAACCGCUCACCACCUCCUGGCGUCCACCCUCGUAUAUCCGAUCUCGAACAGACGAGGAGAACGAAAAGUUGCGGGAGAAAAAUCAUAUCCUCACAGACGGACUCGACAUUCCUGCCGUGAUCACCAACUUUAGAGACAUGAAGGUUCCUGGGUGCGUCAUAAACUAUCUCAAGGAACAGAAGAAAAUCAUCAAACCAUCCCCCAUCCAAAUGCAGGGUUUACCUACAGCUUUCUCAGGAAGAGAUAUGAUCGGGAUCGCGUUCACCGGCUCAGGUAAGACGCUAGCUUUCUCAUUGCCGAUAGUCAUGUUUGCAGCAGAAGAAGAACAACGACUCGCCUUCACCCGUGGUGAGGGUCCAGUAGGGAUGAUCGUAUGUCCUUCUCGAGAGUUGGCUCGACAGACGUACGAAUCGAUCAAAGCUCUAGCCGAAGCAGUGGAGCAUGGUGGAUAUCCGCAGAUAGGCGUCCUCUUGUGCAUUGGCGGGAUAAGUAUGGCUGAACAACAUCACACAAUGUCUAAAGGGUUCCAUAUUGUUGUUGCCACCCCAGGGAGACUGCAGGAUAUGUUAAGCAAGAACAAGUUCACUUUGGACUGUUGCAAGUAUCUCUGCUUGGACGAAGCGGAUAGGAUGAUCGACAUGGGUUUCGAAGAGGAUGUAAGGAAUAUUAUGGGAUUCUUCAAACAACAGAGACAGACGUUGUUGUUUUCAGCUACCAUGCCAAAGAAGAUUCAAGACUUCGCCGAACAGUCGCUUAUCAAGCCGGUUAUCGUCAACGUUGGUCGUGCAGGUGCUGCUUCACUCGACAUCAUUCAGGAGGUGGAAUACGUCAAACAAGAAGCUAAAAUGGUCUACCUCCUCGAAUGUCUUCAAAAAACAGCUCCACCCGUGAUCAUCUUCAGCGAUAACAAAAACGAAGUCGACGAUAUCCAACAUUAUCUCCUCCUCAAAGGUGUCGAAGCGGUUGCCAUCCACGGAUCGAAAAGCCAAGAUGAGAGAGAAUACGCAAUUCGAGCGUUCAAAUCAGGUCAAAAGGACGUAAUGGUAGCCUCGGGAGUAGCGAGUAAAGGUUUGGACUUUAACGAAAUCCAACACGUCAUCAACUACACCAUGCCUAAGGAGAUCGAGGACUAUGUCCACCAGAUCGGACGUACGGGAAGGAGUGGCAAAACAGGCAUAGCGACGACCUUUGUAAAUGCGAAUACGCAAGAACAGACACUGUUGGAUUUGAAAUAUCUACUCCUCGAGGCCAAACAAAGGAUUCCGCCAUUCUUAGCAGCCAUUCAAGAUCCGAGAGCAGGGGCUGACGGUAAGUUAACCAGUUGUCCAGUUUGUGGUGGUUUGGGUCAUAGCAUUAGGGAUUGUCCCAAACUCGAGGAUAAUCAGAGAAGACAGACGGCUGCCUUUAGUAGGGGCGAUGAUGGUGGCUACUAG